UCGAAUUCAACCAUUUAGUUUUGUAGGAGUCAAGGCAACAUUCACACCAAUUUCUAAAGGGUUAAUUGCAAGGAUGGUCACUGGGUUUACUAAAAUCGUUUAUGUUCGGUCACUUCAAAUAUUUAGUUUCAUUCAUGGUCACUAAGAUUAGUUCAAUAGUUCAAGUUUGGCCACUCUCCGUUAGUCUCCGUUAGUUUUUAUUGAUGUGGCAGUCAACUAUUAUAGUUGACCGUUAAAUGAGUGACGUGGCCAAUAAAAAAAAAAUAUUUACAAUUUCCAUCUCAUUUUACAACUAUUAAAAAGUAAAAAUAAAAAUUACCUUUUUCGCCACCUUUCUUCUCACUUUAGUCCAAACCGAGCAGCAACAUAUUGUUCUAAUGGACUCCAAUGUCAUACCAAAAGCCUUCCAAUCUCCACACCACUGGCACCUAGCCUCUCUGUCGUCGAUUUCGCAGUCACAAUCCCCUGCCUCCAAGCUAAUCUACUCCUACUCCAACGUCCUCGACGGAUUCUGUGCUUCCCUCACCGACUCGGAGCUCGAAUCAAUGAAAGCUUCUCCGGGCUUCCUCCACUCCAUUCACAACUCACCAGUCAAAUACGACACCACGCACUCGACCAAAUUCCUGGGACUCACCGUCGUUUCCUCUCCAGCUUGGGAGUCGUCCAAUUACGGAGAAGGGAUGAUAAUCAGGGUCGUCGACACGGGCACCUGGCCGGAGAGCGAUAGCUACGGUGACCACGGGAUGGGUCCAGCCCCGACGAGGUGAAAGGGCAGUGUCACUUCAACAACAACUCGCUCUGUAACAACAAGCUUGUUGGAGCGCGCGUCUUCAACAAUCCCCUGAUCGCAGCCUUUCUGUGGGGGCGGAGAGCGUGAAACUUACCUUUUUCGCGGUCAGGGGGCGCGAAGAGCGUGAACGCGGGGGAGGAGUUGGAGGAGAGGAGGUUGAAUCGGAGAUUCGUGGUGGCGACGGCGUUGGGGAGGAGGUAAGUUUUAUUUUUUAUUUUUAAUAGUUGUAAAAUGAGGUGGAAAUUGUAAAUAUUUAAAUUUUAUUAUUUUAUUAUUGGCCACGUCACUCAUUUAACGGUCAACUAUGAUAGUUGACUGCCACACAGCAAAAACUAACGGAGACUAACGGAGAGUGACCAAACUUGAACUAUUGAACUAAUAUUAGUAACCAUGAAUGGAAUUAAAUAUUUGCAGUGACCAAACAUGAACUAUUUUUAUUCUCUAGAGGGAGUAUUUGUUUUUCAUUAUACUAUCGAUGGGUGCAGUACAAGUAUACUGUUUUUCAUGUAAUGUUAUGUAAUAUAUAUUAGUAACCAAUUAACCAAACCCAUUAGGUUUUGAAUGUUUUGGUCUCAGUUAAGGCAACCAUUUGACCCUCCUACCUCGAAUUCAACCAUUUAGUUUUGUAGGAGUCAAGGCAACAUUCACACCAAUUUAUAAAUAUCCAACAAAUUAAUAAAGACAUGAAAUUUGAACGUACAAUCGUACCUAGAGGUGGCAAUUGGAUCGGAUUCGUGGAUUAGAUUGCUGGAUCCAUGGAUCAAAUGGAUUGGUGGAUUGAUCCAUGAAUCCAAAUGACAUCCAAGGCUUUGAUCAAAAUGUAAAAUCUGAAAAGUUUUGGUACUAAAAUAUCACAACGAAAAUUUUUAGGUACCGAAAUGUAAUUUUCCAAUGAUAUUUUUGGUAUAAAAAUAUAAAUUUUAGGUACCAAAAUGUAAAAUAUAAAUAUAUAGGUACCAAAUUGUAAUUGGCCAUUUGGAUCAAAUGGAUUGAAUUUGGUGGAUGAAUUUGAUUGGAUUCAUGAAUUUGGAUCCUAAUUGUCACCUCUAAUCGUACCGAUGAUCAUAAAAUUCAUACAAAGAAAAGCCCGUCCAUAGGUAUACACAAAAUAAAAAUAUGAUCUUGGA